CGACCAGGUGGCUGCCUCACCUCAGGACCUUGGACUGUUGCUUGGGUGGGCUGAGAGGCAGUAUAAAGCUGCCUGCUGGAGGCUGCUCCUCACACAGCUUCUGCCAGCAAGAUGAAGUGCCUCCUGGUCCUCCUCUCCCUCGCCGCCCUCACAUGGGCACAAGAUACCCCCACUUGCGAGUGUUCCGCGUUUGUUACCCUUGGUGACAGUGAGGUUCCAGUCCUCGACUUCCCCACCACCAACAUUGACGACUGUACAACGGACUAUACAAUCUGCUACGAGACAUGUUCCAACGAGUGGGACAUUUUCACUGGAGACGGGACUCUGAACAUUCCCGGGCCGGAUGGGGUUUUGGUCGGUCAACGCAUGUGUGACACCCUCAAGACUCACGGCUACACUGAACUUGGAGCACAUGUAGUGUACCUGUACUACCAUGUCUGCGACUCAGGUCCCUGGGUACCCACCGGUCAGUACAGCCAUGGUAAUCUGUGUUGCACUAACGGUAACUACUACGACUGUUAACUGACAUCAACUCAUCGGGUGUCUCCAGAAGGCCACAGAAUCUGGACAUCUUCAAGGGAAAGCUGUGAAACAGGCACUACUGCUGCUGCUGAUCCAUCAAUACAAGCCAACUGAUUUACUUGAACUGUUUAUUGACCUAACCAGCUGAAGUGGCUAUCCUAACAGCUUCUGUCAACUCAUUACUCCUAUUACUACCUGCAUGAGGUGACAAGAGAAUUGUCUUUUCACACAUAAUGUCAAUUUGUGAAAAGGCAAUGGCUACCUUUGUUACUAUAUAUAAACAAAGAAUUAAACUAUAAUUUUGCCUAAAA